AACACACACACCCCUUAUAGUAAAGAAAAUAGUUUCGUCCGAGGAGGAAGUAAACCAACCGUUGGAGAUGCACUGACAUCUAGCGGCGAGCAUUAGAAGUUGACAUAACAUUGAACUGCGCGUGAGUUCUUACUAAUACACUCGCAGGCCUGACCUUCAUGUGUUUGAGAAACUGUGUGGUUUGGUUUUUGCUGCAAAAUUAUUAUUAUUAUUUUGCUAAACUACGAGUCAUAAUUCAAUUUUGUUUGUUAGCGCUGUCUGCUUUUCCUUGGAGAUUAUUGUGUCAUUGUUGCCCAUAGCAACGAAACGAUGCUUUGCGCCGUGGCGACAGGCUUUUGUCUUGAUCCUUUAAAUAUGAAAGUUGAAAUUUAGAUUAGCCUCUGAAUUUUUUUUGUCGAUAUUGAAAACAGUGACAGAACUUUUAAUGUCGAAUGCUAAACUGACUCGAGGACUGCUCUGUUCGCUGGACAUUAAACUGGACAAAAGACUUUCCUCGAGGGCAUUUGGAGGACAUAAGAAUAGUCUUAAUGCACAGUACGGUACGUGAAUUAUGAAUGCACUAAAUCGUAUUAAUAAUUACGCCGUAAUACAAUAAUGAAGAUGAUGGCGAUUAUUAUAUAAAUAUCGACGAUUGCAUUUAAAAAUAUCGAUCUGGAUUAUUUAUUAUGUUGACCGUAAGGACAAAAAACAUCAAAAAACGAAUUGAUUUCUUUACGUUAAGGAAAAACUCACAAAACAACUCUUUUGUAAUAAAUCAACUAUACAGACACCGAAUUAUGGAACAAUUUUCAAAAUGCACAAAAUGCAAAAAAAAGAAAAAGAAAAAAAGUAAGUCCACUUAAGCAGAAUUAUUAAAUGACUUUUUCCAUAGUUAAAUUCCGAAUCAGUUUAAAAAUAUGAACGAACAUGAUUUUGAUCAUGAUUUUGAUGUUGUUUUAUAAAUGAAUGUUCUCCUCAGUCCAGAGCUGGUGAUGUAGACAACACUGUACCUACAGAAUGCCUCCUGCAUCUGCGGUGCACAGGGUUAACCCUGAUACAAACACAGGACUGGGCUUAACUUUGAUGCUAGGAACAGAAUAUGAAAAGAAGAAACAGAAACUUCUGCAGGAGCUCCAGCUGGACUACAAACACUACAUUUCCCAGAAAAGCCAUGUGAAAGUUAGUAAACGUCUCUCACAGACACCCAGUGUCUCACUGCCUAUUGAUGAACAUUUAUCAGCCAAGGAAAAACUAAGGGAAGAGAGGAAGAGAGAAUACAAUACAUUUCUCCAGGACAAAGCUCAAAUCAACAGGUCAAAGAAGAAGACAGCCUUGUCAACUGCUAAGCCUGAACAAGGACAGUCUACAGACACUGAACAUGUUUCCUCUCGACCUGCUGCCCUGCUGGUCCUCAAAACCCAAACUAAGACCAGCACUCCUCAGACGAAGAGGCCUUUAUCCAGGAGAGACGCUGCCACUCUGACUGAAGCAGUGGAGAAAACAACAAACAGAAGAACGUGGGAUCGAAGUGAACGGAGGAGAAAGCGUUGGCUGCUCUACAGGCCAGUAGAACUUCAUAGCUCUGAAGAGGAGCUCUUCAGAGAUGAGGAGGAAGAAGGGGAGAUAGAUCUGGGACCCAGGAGAAAGAACGCAGACAGUCCAGAGUCAGAAGAGAGGAGGGGGAGAGAGUCCAGAGAUAAGAGCAGAGCUCCUCGAAAAGUGAAGGAAAUAGAGACCUCUGGCGGUCAGGAUCAGAAAAUCAUUGACUUUUAUGUGAAACCAGACCUGCAGAAGCCAGACGGCAGCAGAGUGUCUGCCGUCAUCAACGACAGAGCUGAGUUUGCUACCGGGCUGCUGAUUGGAUCAGCAGAGGAACAGUCCAGCACUCAGCUGAGGAAGGAACAGUAUAAACAGGAGCUCCUGAAACAAAUGGAAGAGGAGCAGAGGAACAGGAUGAGGGAGAAGAAACUUGAGCUUCGAGUCGCAGCCACUGGAGCCACAGACCCUGAGAAAAAGCCCGACCGCAUUAAGCAGUUUAGGGUUAUACAUCCGACUGGACAUAACGCUCACCUACUGGGAAAACAACAGCAGGUCAUAGUAAGAGAAGGAGAUCUGAGACCUAAAGAUCAGAGGUCGGGUGAAAACACAGAAAAAAGGCGUUUACCAGAAGUGUUCCAGGUAAACACUGUUACCAGAUCUGGGACUGAAGAAAAACCAGGUCUGGAUUAUUUACAGGAAGACUACCACAGGGACAUCACACAGAUGCUCAGAGAGGUGGCCAUACCAAGAGCUGCUGAUGUUCCUCCUCCUCCGUCAGUGCCAACUGUAUCUAAAAAUUACACGACACCAUAUGAUGCAGCCUAUUACUACUAUGGAGCAAGAAAUCCUCUGGAUCCAAGCCGUCAACAAUAUCAAAGUGAUUUGUCUGGACUGGUGCAGCAGUCUGUGAGUCUCCAGAGUUCUCCUGAAAAACCACCUCCACCCAGACCACAGCCGACUGAACCACAGGCAGCGUCUCCUCCAGUCUUGGUUGGAGAGCUUUCUGUAGACGAGUCCAAGAGAAGGAGGGAGAGUGCCUUAAACUACCAGGAAGCACUUAAACAGCAGAUCAAAGAACGAGAGGAGCAAAGAAAAAGAGAAAAAGAGGAGAAGGAGCGCUACGAUGCCAGGAUGGAGGCUGAGAUGACGGUGUACAACCCCUGGGGGAGAAGUGGAGGAGGUGCGCCUAUAAAAGACCAAAAGGGAAAUCUUUUUAGUGACUUGAAUCAAAUGCACAGGAUCAACGAGGAGACGUAUAAGAAUCCUGACUUCAAGAACGAUGAGCAGAGGCAGAGUUCAAAUGGAGAAUUUUCUGCAGUUGAAGUCAAGGCUUCUUACUCUCAUCCACUCCCAGACUUCACUAAUCCCCAGGGUCCACAGCAGCUCCACAUGCAGAACAGAUACAAGGAAGAACUGAAACAGCAGAUCGAGGCGAACAAAAGAAAGCAGGUGGAGGAGAGAGAACGUAUAAGGGUCGAGGAGGAGAAAGAGGAGAAGAGGCUGGCAGCUCAGAGGAUGCGUAUUCAGUGGGAGUACGAGGAGGAACAAAGGAGGCAGAAGAUGAUAGAGAUAAAGCUGGACAAUCAUAGCUGGAUCAAUGCACCAAAAAUGGGUCAUCAGAAGGAGGAAAAAGAGGAGGAAGAGGAGCAGGUACAGGAGACAAAGAAAAUGGCAACAGAGAGCAGGUGCAACAGCGAUGAGAACAAGUUACCAGUGAUGUUUGAGAGGCAGCCCUCGCCUCCAGUCCCGGCUGUUCUGAAGAGACGGACCAAUCUGGUUCCAUCCAGACCUGCCUCUUCUGUCAGCCACCUUUCCUCCAGGACUUCAAGUCAGCGCUCUGUGUCAGCACCACAUCACCCAUCAGUCCCUGCAGGAACAUCCCAGCUAACUGAUGGUAACCAUGAAGUGAUCAGGCAGCUCUCUGCCCUGCGGAGGGUCCUGAAGAAAGAGCAGAAAAACCUUGAAGGUCAGAUGGUCAAACGUGAUGGACAGGAGCGUCUCCAAACUCCACCCCACAGACCCAGACGACGUCAUAUGGAGGAAUCCUCACAGCGAGAAGCCAAACAGCCUUCCACUGCACAAACAUACUCAGUCCCUGCACGUGUUCACAUAGAGAACAUCAGGGAGUUCAAUCGGCUUAAAUACAGAGAGUCCUCUUCACGUGAAGAGGUCAUUCAAAUGUUCCCCGACCCUCCUAUUGAUGACCAGAGUCUGGACAUCCAACAGCAGGCACUGCUACGUGAGCAGAGACGCAAACUCAGGGUCAUGAAAAGAGAAGAAGACGAAGACUUACUGGACCUUCAACUGAGCUACUAUUAUCCUAAGAGGAAAGCUGAGGAUCUGGUCCACAGAGGCUCAGUGCUGCCUUCAGAGACCACAUUCAUGGAUGUUUACAGUGGCAGUGACUUUGAGGAGAAGCAUCAACGACAAAGGUCUCCUCCACCUCCAGCAGAACAUCCGGAAAGCACGUCCACGUGGAGGAGACGUGACUCUGAUGUAUGAUACAGUGAUGUCUUCAGGCUGUUCCUCAUUUUAUGUAAUGUUACUUUGGCCCUGAACGUUUUGUUCAAUUGA